AUGCCGGCCUAUAAAGAAAAAAAGAAGAAAUCUCCGCGGCUUCGGAGAGGAGCGUUUAACGCGGCCGAUCGAUACGUAUUAAGAAAUGCAAUUACCGCCGAGUGCGCUUUACCUUGUUAUAACAGCCUGCUGAUCGACUAUCAGUUCACCUUCAGCCUCAUCCAGGAAGAUGAUCGGCACCACACGGCGAUCAACUUCAUCGCCAACCCCGAGCAGUCAAACAAGAAUUUGGAUAUUUCCAUCAAUGCAUCGAACAAUUUUAACCUCAACAUCACAUGGUCCAUCGGAUCUACAGCUGGCACGAUAUCGGGGGAGGAGGUCCCGCUGGUGGCCCGGUCCAACAUCAAAGAAUAUCGGGACAGUUUCUCGUGUGAGAAGUUUAAUUUCCGGAGUAAUCCCAACAUCACUUUCUAUGUCUACGUCAGCAACUUCUCCUGGCCAAUCAAAAUCCAGAUUGCCUUCUCCCAACACAACACCAUCAUGGACCUGGUCCAGUUCUUCGUCACCUUCUUCAGCUGCUUCCUGUCGCUCUUGCUGGUGGCCGCGGUGGUGUGGAAGAUCAAGCAGACGUGCUGGGCCUCGCGGCGGAGAGAGCAACUCAUGCGAGAGCGUCAGCAGAUGGCGAGUCGUCCUUUUGCCUCGGUGGAUGUGACGCUGGAAGUGGGAGCGGAGCAGGUGGAAUGUUUGCGACCUCCGGCGGAGGUGAGCUCUUCCUUUGGUUCAGAAAAUGAAAUGAUCAUUGCCCAUGUGUGUCUCCUGGAUGACAAGUGUGGCCUGUCAGACAAGGGCCGUCAUGAGACACCGGGCAUAGAGCGCCUCGGUGAUGUCACCAGACACAUGAGAGCGUUCCCGCUGCGGCCGGCGCUCUUUAAACAUUUUCACACUUCAAUUAUUCGGCCCCCGUGUUUCUGA